AUGCAACAUAUGUCUAUUUAAUUUUAAUAAGGUAUUGUUAAAUAAAAUUCUUAAAUAAAUUAUUUAAUUUUGAGUUAAUUAAAAAAUCUUUUAGAAUAACUUGUAUAAUUUAUAUAAAAUAAAAUUUAAAUACCAAUCAAUUUUUAUUUAAACUUUUUUAAUUAAUUCUUUUAAAGUUAUUUGUUUAUCUAUUAAAAAUAAAUCAUUUUUUAGAUUUUAUAACAUCAAAAUAAAGGAUAUCCUAAUCAAAAAAUAAUUUAAUAUGAACAAAACCUUCAUUCAAAAUCUAUAAAAUAAAUAAAGAAAAAAAUAUUACUUCAUUAGAUAAAAAUUAAAAAAUUAUUGAUUUAUAGAAAAAAGAUCAAAAUAGUAAUCCUAAAAUAGAAAAUAAGAAACUAAAACUAAUCAAAUAGCUUUAUUAUAAGUAUUAACACAGAUAAAGUAAUUUGA